GUCGUACCGGUCGGUCGGUGCAAGCAUCCUACACGUUUCUACCGCCCCCGAUAAAAUAAAACACAUUUUACAUUUCAUCACUGAUAAUAAACACAAAAUUUAAGUUUGAAAAUGUUUUUAGAGAUGUUUAAGUAAAAUUUAAAUAAAAUUAUUGAGUAAUAUUUAAUUUACGUAGUGUGUAUUGUCGGAGGCGGCGUUUCCGGGUGCCAUGCGGGUUCAGUGUCCUAGCGCGUUAUCCUAGUCCUAGUUUUGUAGCGGUGUGCAUUCGGACCAGUGAACUUUCACAAUCGGAGUGACAUUAUCCAUCAGAUUUAUUCAAAUUAGAUAAAAUGUGAAUUCCACCAGGAUAAAAUAAUUAAAUGUGAAAAUAAAAAAACUAUGUGGAAGAAGAAAUUGUCCGGCAGCAGGACAAAAGCGUCCUGGCCGCAUUAUGCGUUUGUGGGCGGCGUGUCGCUCGUCUGCUAUCUCAACGGUCUGCAUGGCGAGUUUGUUCACGAUGACAUUCCGGCUGUUGUCCUCAACAAGGACGUCUUGGCUGUGAAUCCUUUGAUGGACGUUUUCGACAAUGAUUUCUGGGGCACGCCGAUGGCUGAUCUGCAUAGUCAUAAAUCAUAUCGGCCGUUAACAACACUAACAUUCAGAGCAAAUUACUUAAUGGUAGGAUUAAACCCCUUCUGGUUCCACCUGACGAAUGUCCUCCUCCACACAUUGGCAACACUGCUCUUCACGCGGGUAUGUUUACACGUGGCAUGUCUCCGGCCGGCAUUUGCCACCCUCGCAGGACUAAUGUUUGCCGUGCAUCCGAUACACACCGAAGCGGUGACUGGAGUUGUGGGGCGUGCUGAUGUUCUCGCAUGUGUUUUCUUUCUGUUAUCACUUCUUGCAUAUCACGGUUCGGAAAAGUGUUAUCUCUGGUCGAGUAUCCUCACCGGCGGUCUGAGCAUCCUUGCAAAGGAGACCGGCAUCACCGUGUUCCUAGUCAACGUGAUUUUCGAUUUUUAUCGAGGUUUUCCACACAUACGCAGGUCGAGCCUGGACGUGCGAUGGUCGACGGAAACGCGGCAAUUCGUCAAGCGCACAGCGAUCGUCCUUACUUCGUGCGGAAUUUUGAUCGCGAUCAGAUUGGCGCUGCUGCAGGGUUCGUUGCCGAGAUUUUCCCAGGGGGAUAAUCCUGCCGCGUUUCAUCCGUCCCUGCUCGUCAGGAUAAUGACGUUCUCGUAUCUGGCGGCCUUCAACUGGUGGUUAUUGAUCUGCCCGGCGAACCUGUCGCACGACUGGCAGAUGGGCUCCGUCCCGCUGGUCACGCACGUCGCCGACGCGCGGAAUCUCGUCACGUGCCUCUUCCUUGCUGCCGCCGUCGCGCUGCUGGUGAAGAGCGCCGCCGACGCGGAGAAACAAAAACACGUUACUGUUGUUCUUGGUUUAGUCCUCCUUGUUCUACCAUUUCUACCAGCAACGAAUUUGGUGGUAACUGUUGGAUUUGUUAUUGCUGAACGAGUUUUAUAUAUUCCAAGCAUAGGAUUUAUUUUACUGACGGUAAACGGAUUUCAAACCUUGUGGUAUUCGUCGAUAAAACAUCGCCAAACUUUAGCCUCCUUCCUGCUGCUACUGAUCGUCGCGCAAACGUGGCAGUGUGUGGCGAGGAACAAGGAUUGGCGGUCGCGUGAAUCCCUGCUCAGGGCCGGACUCCGCACAUUACCGCACAACGCCAAAAUGCACUAUAACUUUGCGAAUUUUCUCAGAGACUCCGAACACAACGAAAUGGCCAUGGCGCAUUACUACACAGCAUUAAGGUUAUGGCCUACAUAUGCGUCUGCACAUAAUAACCUGGGCACUCUGCUUAAAACACAAGAAGAAGCCGAAAAACAUUUUCUUUUGGCUAUUAAAUACAACAAGGAUCAUUUGAACGCACAUUAUAAUCUCGGACAAUUAUACAGAAAAAUGAACAGAACAGUGGAAUCCGAGAGGAUGCUCAUGAAAUCCAUUUCGAUCUCGUCAAAUUUCACUCUGGCGUAUGUCGAACUCGUGAGGCUGAAAGGACCUAAUGACAGAAACAUUGCACAGCUGCUGAAAAAACUCGUCGGGCUUUCAUCCGACCCUGACUAUGCGAUUAUGUAUGCUCAAUGGCUUCAAAAGCGAGGUAAUCAGGCGCUCGCCCUACGGCACUACCUCGGCGCGCUCUCGGCGUAUCGAUCAAAUUCGGCGGCGGCAAUGACGGGCGCCGGCGGCUGCCUGCGGCGCAUCGGCUCGCGCUCGCGCCUCCUGCAAUUAAUCACCAGAUUUCAAGCAAUUCAGCGUUUAAAGCGUGGAGAACCCUUGAAUCACCCGGAUGUAUACCUCCAAAGAUGGUACUUACAACACGAGCUGAAAAAACACGCCGACGACUACAGUCUACACACACCCACACACAAAUACAACCCGACGUCGUCCCAUUCACCGCCGCCGAGCAAGCGCAUAAAAAACAUCAAGAACAACAUCAAACGUAACAAGACAAUGUUCGGCAAAAACGCGCACAGCCCUCACCUGAUGAAGAUCACGAAAAACUGCGACACGGCUGGCAAGCACGACUUUCAGCGGAUUUUUGUCACCGCAACUCCGACCGCCGCCAUUCCAUUGUGCUAAAAUCCACUAAAAACCCGCAAAAAGUUUUCGUAUAAUAUAAAAGUAAAAAAUACAGGUUUCAACUUGCAAUAAAAUGGACCAAAAUGCAUGAAUUAAUUAAUUUCGAACUGGAAAAAAUAAUUACAUUGAUAUUUCGGUGAUUACUAGUGGUGAUUGUUUGCGCUGGUAAUUAAAAAAAUAAUUUUAAAAUAAUCAUUUGAGUUUUGCGUCACGAAAAUAAUUAAAACCUCAAACGAAUUUCAAACACGCAUUAAUUGGUUUUAAUUAUUCAUGAUGGCGCGAUGCGGCGCGCGAUUUUAAUUAGCAAUGAGUGAGUGUUUGGCCGGCGCCGCCGCCGCCCCCCCACCCAGCCGCAAGCGCUCGAAAUCAACUCGUUACUGUAUUUUUCACAAUAGAUAUUAUAUUGUAAUGAGUUCAUUCUGCUUUCGAGGAUAUUUAUUAUUUACGUUGUUAUUGUGAACGCAUAAAGCUAAUAUAAAUCAAAAGCGUUUUAUAUAUUAUAUGCAGUCGCCAUUCGAUAUGAUUGAAAAUUUGUUUGCGAAAAUUUUUGGCAAUUUUCAUUGCGGCACGCGACACUAUUGGAAUUGUACAAAAAUGUAUAUAUUUUUGAUAUUUACAAACUCGUUAAAUAAAUUUAAUUAACAAUAAA